AUGAUAAUAUCCGGACGUGUCAUUGUAAAGGUCAAAUGGCUUACCGAGGAAGAAAAAGUGGUGUAUCUUAUCCACGAGAACUGCAAGGGAAAUGAUGAUUUGAUUUUGGGCAAUAAUGCCCUAGCUUCAUCGAAAAAGUGGAUGUUGCGACUGCUCGGCCAAAUGCAACAGCACUUGUUAGGAAGUGUUUCAUGUGUAGAGUGUUGA